AUGUCUCUGCUACAUUGCAUGUCUGACGAAUGUGUUAAAUCCGAGCUGGAUCUGUUUACCGUCCCUUUGACACAAACAGCUAUUGAGAAGAACACCUACAUCGAAUACCCACCGAUUUCGGCUAUUUCUGAUUUAUCUCCGAUUGAAUUCUUCAUAGCGGGGACGGGUGAAGAUUACACAGAUUUGAAUAACACAUUAUUAUUUACCCGUGUCAAAAUAACUAUGCCGGACGGGUCCGAUUGUCCUGAGGGAGCUCCAGUGACGGUUCUCAAUUACCCGGCGGCGACUAUCUUCUCACAGGUUGAUGUGUCUUUGGGGGAUCGUCUAGUCUCACAACCGUCCAGCACUUAUCCUUAUAGAUGUAUUAUCGAAACGCUCAUUAAUUAUGGGAGAGACACGUUAGAAAGCAACUUUUCAGCAGGUCUUUUUUUUAAGGAUACGGCCGGGAGUAUGGAUUCGACUAUCCCUGGAGCCGGCAACGAAGGUUUGACAAAAAGAGCCGCGUUCACCAAUGCCAGUAAUGUGGUGGAGUUAUUAGCACCGAUACACUGUGAUAUGUUCUUUCAACCGAAACUAUUAUUGAACGGGGUUGAUAUCCGUAUUCGCCUAACCAGAGCAAAAGACGCAUUCUGCUUGAUGAGUGGCGACGCCAUCGAUUACAAGCUAAAAAUUCUCUCAGCUUCACUCUUUGUCAAGAGAGUGAGCGUGUCACCGGCUGUGCGUUUGGGGCACGCACAAGCGCUUCUCUCGGCGACAGCCAAAUACCCCAUAGACCGUGUCUGUGUGAAAAAUUUCUCCAUACCAGCAGGGGCGCGCGUCUCAAACCACGAGAAUCUCUUCCUCGGCACUCUUCCAAAAUCUAUCAUUUUAGCUAUGACUGAUAACUCGGCGUUCACAGGGGCUUAUGACAAAAACCCUUUUGCUUUUAAGCACUUUAAUUUAGAGUAUCUCAAUCUCACCGCAGAUGGAGUCUCGAAUCCUAAUAGGCCUCUUCAACCCCAAUAUAAUUUAGGUAACGCCGUUAGGGAAUUUUACCAGCUGGUGUCUGCGACCGGUAGACAUUUGAAGAAUCAGCCGCUGGCCAUAGACAGGGAGGAUUUUCUAAAUGGAUACACACUCUACGCUUUCAAUCUCACGCCCGAUGACGAAUGUGUGUUUCCUAGCGAUUACCUCCCCAAAGCACCAUUGGUAGAUACACCGGCCCUGUUAAUCUCUAAUACAGACGCAUCGGGUGAUCCGGGGCAACAUUGGGUGGCGAUGCACAGGGAUCUUACCAUGAAGAAUAUUGAGUGCGACUUCGCAGAGAGCCAGUAUAAGCUCGUCAGCAUUGAGGGGUCUGAAUCCGGCUCUCAGCACAAGUCCUACACAAAGGAAAUAAUAGCUUACCACCGCUUCUGUAAGGCAGAACAGGGUGAUAGAGCUUGCGAGGGGGGAGGACGGUGGCUUUGA